CUUCAGAAAGACAGAUAGGGAGCAUGGACUACCUUUCACCCACCAGCUGUGUUUUCUAGACACAUCCCUAAACAAUGCUUGCUGGAGAAACAUUUUUAGUAUUCUAAGCAAGCAGUGUCUCCUACUUCUAAGGAAAAUCCCAUCUGUGGAUAGCAAGGCUUCUGUGUCCAUUGACAAGCCCCUGCUCCGAGAUGUCUGAAGACUCAGAAUCAAACACCUCGGGGAAUCCCCGUGAUCAAAAGAAGGAAACAGGUUUUUCUUCCCCCAAUCCCUCAGCUGCUGCUGCUGCUCAGGAGGUCAGAUCUGCCACUGAUGGUAAUACCAGCACCACUCCGCCCACCUCUGCCAAGAAGAGAAAGUUAAACAGCAGCAGCAGUAGCGGCAGUAACAGUAGUAACGAGAGAGAAGACUUUGAUUCCGCCUCUUCCUCUUCCUCCACUCCUCCUUUACAACCCAGGGAUUCGGCAUCCCCUUCAACCUCGUCCUUCUGCCUGGGGGUUUCAGUGGCUACUUCCAGCCACGUACCGAUACAGAAGAAGCUGCGUUUUGAAGACACCCUGGAGUUUGUAGGGUUUGAUGCGAAGAUGGCUGAGGAAUCCUCCUCUUCUUCCUCCUCAUCUUCACCAACUGCUGCAACAUCUCAGCAGCAGCAACUUAAAAAUAAGAGUAUAUUAAUCUCUUCUGUGGCUUCGGUGCAUCACGCAAACGGCCUAGCCAAAUCUUCUGCCACCACUUCUAGCUUUGCUAACAGCAAGCCUGGCUCUGCUAAGAAGUUAGUGAUCAAGAACUUUAAAGAUAAGCCCAAAUUACCAGAGAACUACACGGAUGAAACAUGGCAGAAACUGAAAGAAGCAGUGGAAGCUAUCCAGAAUAGUACUUCAAUUAAGUACAAUUUAGAAGAACUCUAUCAGGCUGUAGAAAAUCUCUGUUCCUACAAGAUUUCUGCAAACUUGUACAAACAGCUGAGACAGAUUUGUGAAGAUCACAUCAAAGCACAAAUUCACCAGUUCAGAGAGGAUUCAUUGGAUAGUGUUCUUUUUCUAAAGAAAAUUGAUAGAUGCUGGCAAAACCAUUGCAGACAAAUGAUCAUGAUCAGGAGCAUUUUUCUGUUUCUGGAUAGAACUUACGUUCUGCAAAAUUCAAUGCUACCCUCCAUUUGGGACAUGGGACUGGAGUUAUUUAGGGCUCAUAUUAUAAGUGAUCAGAAAGUCCAGAAUAAGACAAUUGAUGGCAUUCUUCUCUUGAUUGAGAGGGAAAGGAAUGGUGAAGCAAUUGAUAGAAGUUUACUCCGAAGCCUUUUAAGCAUGCUCUCUGAUUUGCAAAUUUAUCAGGAUUCUUUUGAACAACGAUUUUUGGAAGAAACUAACCGGCUCUAUGCAGCUGAAGGCCAAAAAUUAAUGCAGGAAAGAGAGGUUCCUGAAUAUCUUCAUCAUGUUAACAAACGUCUAGAAGAAGAAGCAGACAGACUUAUUACUUACUUAGAUCAGACCACCCAGAAGUCAUUAAUUGCCACUGUAGAAAAACAACUUCUAGGUGAACACCUAACCGCAAUUCUUCAGAAAGGCUUAAAUAACCUCCUUGAUGAAAAUCGAAUUCAAGAUUUAUCUCUUCUGUAUCAACUCUUCAGUAGAGUUCGAGGUGGGGUUCAGGUUCUCCUGCAGCAGUGGAUUGAAUAUAUUAAGGCAUUUGGCAGCACUAUUGUAAUUAAUCCUGAAAAAGAUAAAACCAUGGUUCAAGAAUUGCUGGAUUUUAAAGAUAAGGUUGACCAUAUAAUUGAUAUUUGCUUUCUGAAAAAUGAAAAAUUUAUCAAUGCCAUGAAGGAAGCAUUUGAGACAUUCAUUAACAAAAGACCGAACAAGCCUGCUGAACUUAUAGCUAAGUAUGUAGAUUCAAAGCUUCGUGCAGGCAACAAAGAAGCUACAGAUGAAGAACUUGAAAAAAUGUUGGAUAAAAUUAUGAUCAUAUUUAGAUUUAUCUAUGGUAAGGAUGUUUUCGAGGCCUUCUAUAAGAAAGAUUUAGCCAAGCGCCUGCUAGUUGGGAAGAGUGCAUCUGUAGAUGCUGAAAAAUCGAUGCUGUCCAAACUUAAACAUGAAUGUGGAGCUGCUUUCACCAGCAAACUUGAAGGAAUGUUUAAAGACAUGGAGCUUUCUAAAGACAUCAUGAUUCAGUUCAAACAGGUAAAAUAUAUGCAGAACCAGAAUGUACCUGGGAAUAUUGAAUUAACUGUGAAUAUCCUGACAAUGGGUUAUUGGCCAACAUAUGUGCCUAUGGAAGUCCAUUUACCACCAGAGAUGGUGAAACUUCAGGAGAUUUUCAAGACAUUUUACCUAGGCAAACAUAGUGGCCGGAAACUUCAAUGGCAGUCAACCCUAGGGCACUGUGUACUAAAGGCAGAAUUUAAAGAGGGUAAAAAAGAACUCCAGGUCUCUCUUUUCCAAACCCUGGUGCUGCUAAUGUUUAACGAGGGAGAGGAGUUCAGUUUAGAAGAAAUCAAGCAGGCUACUGGAAUAGAGGAUGGAGAAUUAAGGAGAACACUGCAGUCAUUGGCCUGUGGCAAAGCUAGAGUUCUGGCAAAAAAUCCAAAGGGCAAAGAUAUUGAAGAUGGUGACAAGUUCAUUUGUAAUGAUGAUUUCAAACACAAACUUUUCAGGAUAAAGAUCAAUCAAAUCCAGAUGAAAGAAACGGUUGAGGAACAAGCAAGCACUACAGAAAGAGUAUUUCAAGACAGACAGUAUCAAAUUGAUGCUGCAAUUGUUCGAAUUAUGAAGAUGAGAAAGACACUUAGCCACAAUCUUCUUGUUUCGGAAGUGUACAACCAGCUGAAAUUUCCAGUAAAGCCUGCUGAUCUUAAGAAGAGAAUAGAAUCCUUAAUUGAUCGGGACUACAUGGAAAGAGAUAAAGAAAAUCCAAACCAGUACAAUUAUAUCGCAUAAAACCUUGGCCUCCAAAUAUUUGGUAUCAUACACAGUAGCCAGUGGAUAAACUAACCUGUUGAUCCUAUAUUGUUUGACUUCUUUUAUACUACCAAUGACCAAAUGAAGCAGUGUAAUGGAAAUAGUUGAGUCGACUUUUUCAGUGGUUAACAUGCCCAUUUAAAGAGUUAAUACUUAACCUUUAAGAAGAAUGUUGUUGAACUCUUUGCAUGUUAUUUAGUAUGAUGUGCAGAAAAUUCUUAAGAAAGUACCUGGUCUUCAUGAUUCCUCUUUGGAACUGGGGAAGAGGUCCAAUGGCUAUUAAAAAAGGAGGGGGGGUUCUUAUACACCAUUAAUUAUGAAGCAAAGGGUUUAUUUGCUUAAAAUGUCAUUUAAAGAUACUUAAACUGCAUGCAAACUUUAUUUACUGUACAGAGUUCUGGAUGUAUUUAUCAAAUAGAAAAACCACCCUGGACUUGGUUGUUCACCUGUUUUGUGAUUUCCCUUGAAAAGAAAAAUAAGUUGUCAUAGCUAUUGAUAUUUUACUAAGUAAUGUUCUGUUACACUGAAAGGGAUGUUUAAAAAAAACUUAUUUGGAAACAAGUUUUCAAGUAGAGGGACAGUUGCUUACAUAAUCUCUUGUAUAUGCACAUCCUAAGAUGUUCUGUUUGUGACCAUGGGAUGUGUGUAUAUGGCUUAGCCCUGUUUACUGUUCUGAUUAACAGGUACUUAUAAAAAUAGCUGAAAUAGAAAAUUGCUGAUCAGCUGUACUAGAAGAACAUGGUAGGAGAGAAAAACCCAACUCUUGAUACGAAAAAUGAAAACAAUAUGAAUAUUGCAAAAGAGACCAAAACCCAUGUGUUUUGUAAAUUUUAAUAAGAGCAAAAAUUCAUCAACUAGUUUUCAAUUUCCUUUAGACUUUAAUGUUGUUUGGACAGUUUUAUCUUCAACUUGGACCAAUUAUUAGAUUGUUACAGGCUUCCUAGGAUUUAGCAUUCCUGUUUUCUCUACCAAAGUUUUUUUGGGAAGCACCCCAACUCUCCGUUUUGCUAAAUAAACCUUUCAUCCUUCUAACUUCCUAAAGA